ACCUAUUUUUUCCACAUAAAACGAAUCCAGCUGUGGUGCGUCAUGCGCGUCUGGUCUUGCUCCAUCGACUCACAACAAGGGGGAAGCGACGCAAAGAUGUUGUUCUGCCUUUCUGUCUGUUUAGCUUUGCUGUGGACGACUGGGAGUAUGAUGAAUGUUGGAGGCAAGCAGAGCCUUCACACUCUAAACGACAUGUUUGCUGAAGUAGAGGAGCUGAUGGAGGAUACUCAACACUUCCUGGAUGAGGCAGUCGAUCAGAUAAGAAGUGAGAGUUCCAAGUCUUUGUUCCAGCACAAUGACACACAAAAAGCCGCAACCACGGCCAUGCAAGUCCUCAAUAAAAGUGACGAGGAAAUGACAAAGAAGACAGAAUUCUCUCAACUCCAUCUGGAGAUCUCUGGCCAGUGGAACAGUGUCGCUCAUGAAUGCCUGGUGGACGAGGACUGUGGCGAACUGAAGUAUUGUUGGUAUGAGAUGGACAACUCCAAGUGCCUGUCCUGCAUACCAACUGACAUGCCCUGUACUAAAGACGAGGAGUGCUGCUCCAAACAGACGUGUGUUUGGGGCCAGUGUACGGUCAACGCCACUCAGGGAACGGAAGGAACAAUCUGUCAGGGUCAGAGUGACUGCAGACCAGACCUCUGCUGUGCUUUCCAACGAGAGCUUUUAUUCCCGGUGUGCAACCCCAAACCAGGAAAAGGGGAGUCCUGCCUGAACCAACCCAACCUGUUGAUGGACAUGCUGGCCUGGGAUCAGGAGGGUCCUCGCGACAACUGCCCCUGUGCCAAUGACCUGCAGUGCCAAAUGAACGGACGUGGAUCCGUCUGUGGAGAGUAGAAAUGGAAAUAGUGGAGUACAAUAAAACAUGUCCUGAAGUUAAA